UAAGGUUCAUAGGUUAAAGGCUAUACUCGCCGCUCUACACGUGUUGUUGUUUUGUUGCUAUAACGUGUAAUGCAGCGAAAUAACCUGCAGUAACAUGGGGAAGAAUAAGAAGAACAAAAUUAACCAGUCGGGGAAACAAAGUGACAAGGCCGGGCAACACCAGAGUGACAAGAAGCUGAAACGAGAUGGUAAACACAAGAAAGCCAAAGAGGAAGACCACCUCGAACACAUCCCCUUCAGGCUCCGAGAGAUUAUGAAAAGCAAGGACAAAAUGAAAGCAGGAUCCUUGAAGGCGAAAAAGAUAAAAGAUUCCAUCCUCCCUAAAAGCAAGGCAGAGGAUUCUCAGGAAGGAAACAUACCCGUCCCACAUUUCAAGAGGAAAAAACAGGAAAGUGUGGGAGCCUACAUACGUCGCAUGGAUAAUGAGACCAAACAUGUCCUCUUCCUUACCAAGAACCAAGUAGAAAGAAAACCUGAGCUGGAUGCAGACAAACAAGAGAAGUCUGUAGACAAGGGCAAGUCGGAGAAAAAGAAGGAGUAUGACAAAGCCAGAUUACAAAAGCAACAGCUGAAAAAGUUGGACAAACAAGAGGACUGGAUGGAAAAAGAGAUGUUCAUAGAGGAUGUCCCUUUCGGUGAAGUUACGAUGGCACCACCUUCUCUGAGCGCCAAACCCAAGAAAGCUCCGAUCAAACCUCAGAAGGACCUGCUUCUCAACUCUCUCUUAGGCCACACAGUGGCCUCCACAACCAAGCCCUCUAUGGCCAGACAGAGAAUCAUGGAGGAAGAGCGGGUGCGAGCAGUGGAGGCCUACCGUCACCUGAAGAAACAGAAACAGCAGCAGGACAAGGCCAGGAUCAUUGGUCUGGAAAAACUCAAGAACCAUGAGUGAUUUCUCAUGGCGCUCACCUCAAGAACUAUAUUUUCCUCAAUUGCAGUCAGGUGUCAGUGAUUGUGGGCAGCAGUGUUCAGAUACUGACAUAGAUUGUAUUCAUCAGCAAGACUGUGCGUGUUAUGUAGGUCUUGAACUGAAAUGCUAGUGUGUGGGAGCUCACCGCAAUGUAGGUACCUGCCAGGAAAAGCAGCAGACAUUUGCAUCAACAGGGUGCAGUACCAGGUAACAAUAUUUACCUGCUGCUUUUAUUAUUCUCACAUAUAUUGAGGUCAGUAGAGAGCAGUAAAUUCAAAUGAUGAAUGGUUGUGUGUUUUUAAAGAAGACAAACUGAUGAACCCAGAAUGAAAUCCAUUAAGAAA